CUUGGUUAUUGAAGCCUUGGCCUUGGGUAUUAAAGCCUUUGCCUUGGAGGUUUGAGCCUUGACUACAACACUGCUCUCUGUAUAUCUCUCAAUAUAUUGAGAGAAGCACCUUAUAAGGUGCUUCGGCCCUGGACCCCUUUAUUUAUUUUCUUAUUCCCUCUCCACUUCUUUUUGUCAAGGAAUGCAGGACUGCUCUUUUCCCUACACUUCAUUCCCCCUUUUAUUUCCCCUUUCCUAUUUUAUACCCUAUUCUUUAGUGUCUUUUUUUCUGUUUUGGCCGGGGGAGGGCGGGCUUGCCCAAUCCCCCGACGAUCCGCAUACCGAAUGCAAUGUCUUUCGCACCCGGACUUCACUCUUUAUUAAUUCUUCUAUCAUGUCUAUUAUAGAGCGUGGGGACGAGGCCGAUUAAGUCCCGGAUUAUCCCCCACCCCCUCCAUUCAUUCAAUAUAAAUAUAUCCUAGUAUAAAUGAUUGAAACUUAAUUAAAGGAAUUUUACGCCCUAUUGUACUGAUCCCUUUUAGACUAAAUCUCGUCCUCGCGCUCAUGAAAAAAAAGGGAGCCCCUGGGGGGCACCCAUGCACAGGGGAUGGGGUUAACAUUCUCAGAAUCUAUUCCUGUCUAUCAUCAGUCCCCAGUUCACUUUUCAAAAAAAAUCUGGUGUCGCCACUAGUCUGCAGGUACAGACCCUGAUUGAAAUUUUGAUCAACAAAUGAGUCUCCACGCAAAGACUAGCACAUAUAAAACUUGCGUAAUAGACUGCACAUUCAGACCCUAAAGUCGGUGAAGGGUUUGCACUGCAGACUAUGUCGCCACCAUCCAUAUUAAUGAUGAAAUCGUAAAUAAAAAUCCACUUCCCAACCAUCCGAAAAUGUACAUCAGUACGCCCUCAGUGAUUGUCAAAGAUAGUUUGCUACAGAUUUAACACCAAGACUCCUCGGAUCACGACUGUGCUAUAAUCCCAAUACAUCUCUAUUAAGAGUUCAUUACGGAAAGUUCAUUGAUCUCAUCAAAGAUGCCUUUUCUUCAGAUUCUCACUAACGUCACGGAGGAUAAUAUUCCAAAGGACUACUUGACUGAGCUUACUUCUGUUCUUGCAGAAGCGACCAAAAAGGAAAAGAAGUAUAUGUGCAUCCAUGUAAGUCCAAAUCAGCAGAUGAGUUUCGGUGGGUCUACCGCACCUUGUGCCAUCGCUAACGUGGUUUGUUUAGGGCAACAAGGAGUGGAGGAAAACAAGAUCAUCACGAAGCUUAUCACUGCAGCACUGGGCAAGAUCAACGUGAACCCUGACAGGAUGUACGUGGUACUCAGAGACAUAGCUGGGCAAGAUGUUGGUUACAACAACACCACUUGUGCGGGAAUGUAAUGAUGAGCAUGAACUCACAUCAGUCCGAAACCUGUAGAUAAUACCCAUCAACCCAUGUCGAAGAUGAAGAUUAUGAAAAUUUUGAUAAUGAUGUAAUUCAUUUUUGUGAAAAGUAUCAUACAUGUGUUUUGACAUGUUUGAUUUUUGCAGUCUCACGCACCUCGAUUGUAAGCUCAACAAUAGAAAUGUUUGCUCGAUCCCUUCAAAAAGAUGUCAAGGAUUUUGUUGAUUUGCCGUAGACCUUGAACGGUUAAAACCACUAAUACAUUUUGAGAUAGUUCUCUUGAUAAAAUAACAUUUGAUAAUGAGUUGACAGGAAUCAUUCAGUAUCUGGUAUGAAUCCCAAUAAAGGCCCCGGGGGGGG